AUGCCAGUAGAACUUUUGAUCCUAGGAGCUGGAUGGACUUCAACCUUUUUAUUUCCGCUUUGUCAACAGCACCGUCUUUCUUUCGCAGCUACAACGCGCUCGGGCCACAACUCCACGAUUAAAUUCCACUUUGACCAGAGCUCUGACGAUUCGGAACCCUUCAAGGUCCUUCCGGACGCGAAAACUGUCCUGAUAACAUUCCCAAUAACCGCACGUGGGGGUUCUCAAAAACUUAUUCGGCUGUAUAAGACUACUCGUGCAGACGACUUGAAUCCAGCUUUUAUCCAACUCGGUGCCACGAGCAUUUGGGGUGGACUUCGCAGACACAAAGAUGGGCCAAAUCCCAAAGUGAUUGCCCCAGCGGAAAACAAAUGGUACGACAGACACAGCUCGUAUAACUCUAAUGAACGUUCGGAUGCCGAAGAUGAGUUGUUGGCCUUGUCUCUCGAAACACCAACGACUGUGUUGGAUCUUGCUGGUCUUUAUGGAGGGAAUAGGACGAUGAAAAGAUGGGUUGGAAAAGUGGCGCCGACGAAAGAGAUUCUCAGAAACAAAGGAAGCAUACAUAUGAUACACGGUAUCGACGUCGCUCGAGCGAUAAUCGCAAUUCACAAAGAUUUUUCCAAAGCAGUUGGUCAGCGCUGGCUUCUGACAGAUGGACGCGUCUACGACUGGUGGGAUCUUGCAUCUGCCUGGGGCUCUGGUCCAGGAGAUGCUGACAAUUCAAAUCUCGGACCUGAUGCCGAGGAUUGUGGACCACAGGCAGCUUGGGUUCGUGAACUCAUGCGCGAAACCGGUGUAAGGGCACUUCCUAGAAGCAGCGAGACUCUUGGGCGUGCGUUGGAUUCGAGAGAGUUCUGGGAGACAUUCGGGAUCACACCUUUGAAAGGGCGAAUGGAAGAAUGA